GUUAUGAUUGAGACGUUGAUUAGAAAAGGAGUAGAAAUUCAAUUUCGUUGCCGGUUAAAUCUUCACGUUUCAUAUCUGAUUUACUGUAUACCUUUAAAAGAAACCAAAUAGGAAUUUAACGAAACAAAAAGUGAGGUGUUUUGAAUAAGAAAUUUUAAUAAAAUAUUCAGUGAGAUUAAUGAGGUAGUACAACCGAUAUCAGUGAUAUUUUUGUAUUUUUUAUAUUUUAAUGUAAAGUUUCGGCUGAUUGAAAUGACGAGAAGUAAAUUCAAUUCGCAAUUAAGUGGUGAAAAGCACACGGUACACUGGUUUCGCAAGGGGUUAAGAUUACAUGAUAAUCCAGCCAUCAUUGAAGGCCUGACGGGCUCGAAAACACUUCGAUGCAUCUUCAUAAUCGAUCCGUGGUUUGCAGGAAUCAGUAAUGCUGGAAUUAAUAAAUGGAGAUUUCUAUUGCAAUGCCUUGAAGAUUUGGACCAAAAUUUACGCAAACUCAAUUCACGAUUAUUUGUUAUACGUGGUCAGCCGGCCGAUGCUCUGCCAAAAUUAUUCAAACAAUGGGGCACCACGUGUUUAACAUUCGAAGAGGAUCCGGAACCGUUCGGCAAAGUACGGGACGACAAUAUUGCUGCUUUAUGUAAGGAAUCUAACAUUAGCGUUAUCAAAACUGUAUCACAUACACUGUACGAUUUAGAAACAAUAAUUGAAUUAAACGGAGGUGAAGCACCAUUGACUUACAAUCAGUUCCAAGCGAUUGUCGCAUCAAUGGAACAACCGGCUGCUGCCGUGCCAACUGUAACGCUGGAACAUCUAAGCACUGUUUUUACUCCAAUAAGCGAGGAUCAUGACGAAAAAUAUGGUGUGCCCACGCUAUAUGAAUUAGGUUUUGAGACUGACAAUUUACAACCUCCGGUUUGGAUUGGUGGUGAAACGGAGGCUUUAAUUAGAUUAGAACGACAUUUAGAACGGAAGGCAUGGGUGGCAUCGUUCGGGCGACCGAAAAUGACGCCACAAAGUCUGUUAGCUAGCCAAACGGGCCUGUCACCGUAUCUGAGAUUUGGCUGUUUGAGUACACGACUAUUUUAUCAUCAACUAUCUGAUCUUUACAAAAAAAUAAAAAAGGCCUGUCCACCACUCUCCCUACAUGGUCAAUUGCUGUGGAGAGAAUUUUUUUAUUGCGUAGCUACGAAAAACUCUAAUUUCGAUAGAAUGCAAAACAAUCCAAUAUGCGUACAGAUUCCAUGGCAGAAGAACCCAGAUGCACUCGUCAAGUGGGCAAUGGGUUUUACCGGUUUUCCAUGGAUAGAUGCUAUAAUGACACAAUUGCGAAACGAAGGAUGGAUACAUCACCUUGCUCGACAUGCUGUCGCGUGUUUCCUUACUAGAGGUGAUUUGUGGAUAUCUUGGGAGGAAGGGAUGAAAGUUUUUGAUGAACUACUUUUGGAUGCCGAUUGGUCCGUAAAUGCUGGACAGUGGAUGUGGUUGUCAGGAUCGUCAUUUUUUCAACAAAUUUUCCAUUGUUACUGUCCAGUACGAUUCGGUCGCAAAGCGGAUCCAAACGGUGAUUACAUACGGAAGUAUUUGCCUUGUCUAAAGACAUUUCCGUUACGCUACAUUCACGAGCCAUGGAGCGCCCCAGAAGAUGUACAACGUGUUGCUAAGUGUAUAAUAGGACAGGACUAUCCAUUACCAAUAGUGAAUCAUAUCCGAGCUAGCCGCAUAAAUAUGGACCGCAUGAGGCAGGCCUAUCAACAACUGUCUAAAUUUCGAAAUGCAAAUAAUACAAAUAAUAAGAGGGGUAAACAAUUGUCAGUCAAUCUAAAUACAUCGAACGACAAUGUUCCAGCAGUUCAACAAUUAGACAAAGGUUUUCUGCACCCGCAACGUAUAUCGAUUCCGAGUGAUUCGACCUACAGACAAAGCUAUGCGCACCAACUGCAUCAGUUCAAACCGGAACUGUUUGCUGAAAAUGUUAACUACAAUAGUAAACGAGAGAAUUCACACACAACAGUUCUAGCGUAUUCGUACAAUAGACAGACUCAUAACGACGAUAAAUUUGAAAACUUUGACUUUUCAGCCAGUAGCUUAAAUGCAAACGCAUCGAAUUACGUCGACGAUGAUCAGAAAGAUGGCGGACAUAGCAAACAUCGAAAAUGUGAAUUAAAUGAAAAUUUCGAUAGUUUCAUGGAAGCGGAAAAUGAAAACGAUCCGACUAGAAUGACGUAGGUCAGCGCUAUCGACAAA